AUGGCUCCCUCCGUCGCUGAAAGUACUACAACCCCCGUGGUUCCUAUCCUGAAAGGAAAUGUAUCAGAAGCAACGACCCUCCAAAAGGAGCCCUUGAAGCUGAGCGGGGCUCUCGACUCCUUCGAUUCCUUCGAUGUUACGCCCGUCAUUGGCCGCGAGUUCCCUACAGCCAACCUGAAAGAGUGGCUGCAGGCUCCCAAUUCAGAUGAGCUGCUCCGCGAUCUUGCUAUAACGAUCUCCCAACGUGGCGUCGUGUUCUUUCGCAAACAGGACGGGCUCGACGAUGACCUGCAGAAAGAACUAAUCCAGCGACUAGGCCUUCUUUCCGGCAAGCCCAGUACAUCUGGCCUUCAUGUACACCCUAUCCACAACGGGGCACGCGAGCACGGCGUUGAGGAUAACGAGAUCAGUGUCAUCACAUCUAAGAACCAUGACAAGCUAUACAAAAACCAUUUUCAUCCGAAGAAGCAAAGCGCUCGGCGAGAGUGGCAUAGUGAUAUCACCUUCGAGCCAAUUCCCAGUGACUACACUGUUCUCCGGUUGACUGAGCUUCCUAAGACGGGCGGUGACACACUCUGGGCAUCGGGUUAUGAACUGUAUGAUCGCAUUUCCAAGCCUUACCAACAGUUCCUGGAGAGUUUGACUGCGACAUAUGCCCAGCCUGGGUUCAACAAGGUUGCGAAGGAGAAUGACUUCGAGAUCUUCACUGGACCUCGGGGUGCUCCAGAGAAUGUUGGCGAGAAAUUGGAGGCCAUUCACCCUGUUAUUCGGACGAACCCUGUAACUGGGUGGAAGAGCGUCUUCGCUGUCGGUGUUCAUGUGGCGAAAAUCAAUGACCUCUCCGAGGAAGAAAGUGACCAUUUGCUGAGAUGGUUCGUCUCUCUGAUCGUUGAGAACCAUGAUCUGCAGGUUCGCCUCAGAUGGCAGAAUCCCAAUGACUUGGCUAUCUGGGAUAACCGCAGUGCCUAUCACGCCGCAACGUACGACUACAAGGGGAAGGACUUUGGUCCCCGGACGGGUCACCGUGUUGUUGGUCUAGGAGAGCGGCCUUACCUUGACCCAAAGAGCACAAGUCGUCGUGAGGCGUUGGAAGCUGAAUCAGCAUAAAUAGAUUUGCAAGCUGCUCAGUGUACAUAAAGAUACUAACGCUGUUAUUAUGUAAAGUCGCUUCACACUUGAUAUGAAAGACGAUAUUCCUCAAUUAGAACAUCUGCACAUGUCGCCCCCACACGAUAAGCCGUGACUUGCGUGUGAUUGUUCGUCGACAUUGGUACCACACUCAUACCUGCCACUCGCAGUCCCUCUAACAUUGCGGAUUCGGAACGAGCUGUCACCAGUUGCGUCCGGAUCGUCUGAUCUCCCCGUCUUCACCGUCCCAGUCAUGUGCCCGGUUGAACCGCCAAAUUUCUUCCAGAAUUCAAGGAUAGCCUCCUCACUGUCCCUUUGUGGUCGAAUCAGGUC